GGGACCAGACCUUUCAAGUGACUUGGCCGGAGGGCAAGCGUUUGUGGCACUUUGUCACUCCGUGGAUUAAUUCGGCGUGAAGGAGGAGACGUACCAUAGGUGCAGCUACGCAGAGACCUACCUGCUGAAAUUUGAUCUGCGUUCCCAUCUCAGCCACUUGAUCGCUGUCAGCACAGAUACGUUUUCUCUAGCUAAACACUGCCGGCGGGUUUAAUGCGGAGGAAAGCUCUCGUUAUAGUUACAGAGAUUGUCAGGCGGCGGUAGGAUGGCUGUCUGCAACGCUUCCACGGGAGCGGCAACUAUGCGUUUUCUGUGAAGAGUUUUUGGAGAUCCGCUACAGGAAUUUUGAUUUUCUUUCCGAACUGGUCGUACUGGAUUUUAUAACGGGCAUGUGUGGAUUGAAAAUGCACCGCCGAAUAUAAACCUAUGGCACAUCACCCGGACGCGGCGCAGGAGAUCGGCAGCGUGGGGUUGUGCGGGAAAGAAAAGCAGCACACCUUGUAUUGACAUAAUUUAGACGAAAUCCGAUGGAGAGAAAAGCAGCAAAUAUGGGAAAAUAUGAGGAAUGAGAAGACACAAUUCUCCUGAGCCUCAUUACACUGGACAGGGCUGAUGUUCCUUCUGCAAGGCGUGUGAACCUGCGUGACAAUGGAAAACCUGCUGGUCUAUCUGCUGGUUAUUAGCAUGGCAGUUAAGGCCCAGAUCUGUCCCAAACGCUGCAUCUGUCAGAUACUGUCCCCCAACCUUGCAACUCUCUGUGCCAAAAAGGGGCUGCUCUUCAUUCCCCCGAACAUCGACAGACACACCGUUGAGCUUCGACUGGGCGACAACUUCGUCACAAGCAUAAAGCGGAAAGACUUUGCCAAUAUGACCAGACUGGUGGACCUCACCCUGUCCAGGAAUACAAUAAGCUUCAUCACGCCGCAUGCUUUCACUGACCUGGAGAACCUCCGCGCCCUGCACCUCAACAGCAACCGGCUGACACGGAUAUCCAAUGACACCUUCAGCGGUAUGUCCAAGCUGCACCACCUGAUCCUCAACAACAACCAGCUCACGGCCAUCUACCUGGGGGCCUUCAAUGACCUGUUGGCACUGGAGGAGCUGGAUCUGUCUUACAACAACCUGGAGACCAUCCCCUGGGAGGCCAUUCAGAAGAUGAUCAGCCUGCACACCCUCAGCCUGGACCACAACAUGAUUGACUACAUCCCUGAGGGGACCUUCUCGCUCCUUCAGAAGCUCAACCGCCUGGACGUCACCUCCAACAAGCUCCAGAAGCUGCCGCCAGACCCGCUCUUCCAGAGGGCUCAGGUCCUGGCCACGUCGGGCCUCCUGAGCCCGUCGUCCUUCGCGCUCAGCUUCGGCGGGAACCCGCUGCACUGCAACUGCGAACUGCUCUGGCUGCGGCGGCUAAACCGCGAGGACGACCUGGAGACCUGCGCCACGCCUGCGCACCUCUCGGGCCGCUACUUCUGGUCCGUGCCCGAGGAGGAGUUCUUGUGCGAGCCGCCCCUCAUCACCCGCUACACCCAGGAGAUGCGGGUGCUGGAGGGCCAGCGGGUCACGCUGAGGUGCAAGGCGCGGGGCGACCCGGAGCCUGCCAUCCACUGGAUCUCCCCAGAGGGUAAGCUGGUGUCCAACUCGUCCCGGACACUGGUGUACAGCAACGGCACACUGGACAUCCUGAUCAGCACGGUGAAGGACAGCGGCGCCUUCACCUGCAUUUCGUCCAACCCGGCGGGGGAGGCGCACCAGACCGUGGAGCUCCUAAUCAUCAAGCUGCCGCACUUCACCAACAGCACCAACACCAUGCAGGAGCCUGACCCCGGCUCCUCCGACAUCUCCACCUCUGCCAAGUUUGGCGGCAAUGGCACCAACCACACCGGUGACACCAAGACCAGCCCCGACAAGAGGGUGGCAGUUGCUGAGGUGACGUCCUCCACGGCCCUGGUCAAGUUCAAUUUCCAGAGGAACAUCCCUGGCAUCCGUAUGUUUCAGAUCCAGUACAAUGGCACCUAUGACGACUCUCUUGUAUACAGAAUGAUCCCGCCCACGAGCAAAAACUUCCUGGUGAACAACCUGGCGGCCGGGACGCCCUACGACCUCUGCGUGCUGGCCAUCUAUGAUGACGGCAUCACAUCGCUGACGGCCACGCGGGUGGUGGGCUGCAUCCAGUUCACCACCGAGUCACAGUACCUGCGCUGCCAUUUCAUGCAGUCGCAGUUCCUGGGCGGCACCAUGAUCAUCAUCAUCGGCGGCAUCAUCGUGGCGUCCGUCCUCGUCUUCAUCAUCAUCCUCAUGAUCCGCUACAAGGUGUGCAACAGCGGGGAGGCAGGGAAGGGCGCCAAGUUCAGCGACGUGCACUCGCAGACCAACGGGGCCCAGUCGCAGGGCUGCUCGGUCACGCCCUCCGUGUCCAAGCAGGCCCUGGGCCAGGAGGUCGACCUCUACCACAAGGCAGCGGUGACGGCGGCCACCUCCUCGGCCGCCUCCGGCCCCGACACAGUGACACACUCCUCCGAGACCUCCCUGCCAGACUGCUCCACCACCACCUCCGCAGUGAGCCAGUGCUGGACGGCCGGCUCCUCAGGCUCGCUGAAGCCGAAACGGCGGGCGGCACCCAAGCCGACACCUGAGCCAAAGGCUGAGGCGGCGCCCAGCGCCGAGACGCAGAACACGAACCGGAACAACUCCACCGCCCUGCGGCUGCCCGGCCCCCUGCCCCCCGCCCGCAUCAAGGAGACGCCCAUCCUCCGGCGGGCCCACACCAAGUCCUCCCACAGGUACCUGACCCUGCCAGCAGAGGGCCCCCGGUCCGCCAAGAGGAGGUACUCACUCAACGAGGACCUGUCCAAGCACCACUGCUACAUCGGCUCUCAGAAGCGCGGGACCAUGUGGUCUAAGAGGAGCAUGUCUAUGAACGGGAUGUUGCUGCAGCUGGAGGGCUCGGAUUCGGAGGGUGGGAGGGACAUCAGUUCCGAGUGGAUACUGGAAAGCACCGUAUGACUGAGGCUUUUUCUGCUCCCCCUGUUUUGUUUUUGUUUUAUCGACAGCGAUUUCCCCGGAAGCCUCGUGAUUUCUGUUCGUUCUUGGAAAGCGAAGCGGCGAUCUUGCCUUGCUGGGAUUUUGGAUUCCGCCCCGCACUGACAAAGGACCCCUUUAUGUGUGUGUGCUGUGCACAGCAUUGUGACCGCUGCAGCACAAGGAAACAAAUGACCCUGCUUUAUGGAAAUGUGAAAACGGUUGGAAGCAAAGAUUUCACAAAAAGCCUUUUUACCAAGGAGACGUCCUUUCCUACAUAUU